UAAGUGUUUAACGUCUCCUUCGUCAGUCGGUUCUCGCUUCGUUGCACUGGGAAUAAAUCAUACCCAGUGACAACCUGUUACACCUACUUCUAACCCCUAAAGGAGCCCCCCCAGAUCCUUAUCUCUAAUGGCCACCACUACUACAGCUACCUCUCCUCGCCCCGAUGAAGAGGAGGACUCGACCCCACUCCUCGGCCAAGUGACUGGCCGAGAUGAGCUCCUCGUCCCGGACCCAAAUAUCUACAUAGAAGUCGUCGAAGCGCCCUGGGACUCCAUCUCACAGCACACCGCGUUCACCGCUCGAUUAGUCAUAUCCUUACUCAUGAGCAGUCUGCUACUAUGGCAUUUCACCGUUGAGACCCUAGCUCAAAGGCUGGGGAUAUUCCCAUUCCAGGCAAUGAACAUAUCGUGGACUGCUCAGGUGGUGUAUAUGUGGCUGAUGACCUACUGGACCUACAAAACCACAACCCCAGCACAUCACGCCUCCUGGCCAUCAUUCACCCCUACAUCCCCAUCGCCUACACCAUCAUCAUUACUAAUCCCAAUAACGUUCCAACGCUUCCUCGACAUAACCUUCCCAUCACCCUACUACACAUUCAAAACCUGUGCCUUUUACUCCUUCUACACGACCAUAACCCUAUUCCCCAUAUGCGUGACAAUACUAUAUCUUACCACCCUCCUCCCGCACAUGCUCUCCCACCCCGCUCUCCAUCUAAGCAUCCCAGAACUCCUAAUAAGCACCCUCAACACACCCAUAGUCCUAGCGGAGAUCCUCCUACUGAACUCCGUGACGCCGAAUACUACGCUGCUGUCUCCGAGGGUGCGGGCGCUGGAGAUCACGUUCUGGGUGGUUGUUUACGUGGAUGUUUGGGUUUGGCUGGGGAAUGCUGUGGUUGAAGGGGGGCGCGAGUUGGAUUGGAGGUUUCUCGGCGAGGGGUGGGGUCAGGGUGGGUUUUUGAAGACAGUUGGGUGGGUGGUUGGAGCCAAUGCGGUUUAUUUCGGGUUGUGGUGGGUAGGGGUCGGGAAGGGGUUGGUUAUGAAGUGUUUGAGGGCCCGGAAGGUUAGGGGGGGGGGAAGGGGCUGUGGAAGGGGGAGGAGUAUGGAGAGUGGGGAGGCGAGCUAGGGAGAUGGAUGGAAGGGAGAGGGAAUUAGAUGCAGAAGCUGCUCUUGUAUCAUAGAAACGCUUUGUUAGAUUA